ACACACAUCUGGAGGAUAUCUGGUGUGACUGUGUAACUCCUCGCCUGCUAUGUUAGGACUGGACGUCAGACUUCACUGCGUUUCAGCAAACGUUGGUCAGACGGGGUAAAGUAGUAGACCAGAGAACUGUUUUCGCAGACUUUACUAUUGAAUGUUUUAUGAGUGGCUGUUAUGUUAUGUGAAGCUUAGACCGAGCUGAGAGCUGAGCAGUAACUAUGGCCUUUACCAAGCAUUCCAUCCGGCAGGCCCUGAGUGUGCUGCUCUUGGCCUGGAUGUUGGUGCAUUGCCAGGCCCCUUUUAAACCAGAGGAGGAGAAAGAGCCAAUAAAGGAGGCCGAAAUUGUAACAGUGGUGACGAAAUCUCAGCCGCUUAAAUGCCCGCCAGACUGCAGCUGUACGGCAGAAGGGGCAGUAGACUGCGCUGGAGUUGACCUCACAGAGUUCCCUGCUGAACUGUCUGACAAAACUCGUCAGCUCUCUCUUCAGAACAACAAAAUCGAGAAGAUAACAGUGGAGCACAUUUCCCAUCUGCAUCAGCUUGAGACUCUCAACCUUCAGAACAACUUGCUUACCACAGAUGGCCUUGAAGAUGAAGGUUUUGAGAUGCUUGAACAGCUGAAUUAUUUAUACUUGGCAAAUAACAAGCUCACCUCAGCACCAAAAGUCCUACCACCCUCUUUGGUUAGUGCUGAUUUUGCUGCCAAUAAGCUCACAAGGAUUUACCCAUAUACAUUUGGCCAUAAACCAAAACUGAGGUCUGUGUAUCUCCAUAACAACCAGCUGAGUGACACAGGGCUUCCUGAUCAUGCUUUCAAUGGUUCUGACAACCUGGAGAUCCUAACCAUGUCCAGCAACUGCUUGGGAGUUGUCCCGAGGAAUCUGCCUUCCAGCCUUUACCGUCUUCAUCUCAAGAGUAACAAGCUGGAGAAAAUCCCAGUGGGGGCCUUUGACAACUUACCAAACCUCAGAGAGCUGUAUCUCCAGAACAACCUUAUCAGCAAUGAGGGCAUGGACAACGAGACUUUCAGCCAACUGAGCAGCCUGGCGUGUCUAGAUUUGUCAAAUAACAACCUAAGCGUCGUACCCAAGGGUCUGCCUCGCAAUCUAGUGCUGCUACACCUGGAAAAGAACUCCAUCCGGAGCAUCCCUGAAGAUGCUCUAACUUCUGUCCGAAACCUUGAGUACCUGCUUCUUCACAAUAACAAGCUGCGAUCACGUUCCAUACACCCAACUGCCUUCCAGGGCUUGAAAAAAUUGCACACUCUUCACAUGUACAACAACUUGCUAGAGCGGAUUCCCAGGGGCUUGCCUAAGCGGGCCAAGACACUGAUGAUGCUACACAACUUUAUCACCGAAAUUGGCCGUAAUGACCUGUCCCUGCUGUACACCCUGAACGAGCUUAACCUCAGCUACAACAAGCUGACAAGCCCCAAGCUGCACCGUGAGGCGUUCAGGAAGCUACGUGUUCUGGAAACCCUGGAUCUUUCAGGGAACAGCCUUCAUUUGAUGCCCCUUGGUCUUCCACGCAGCCUGCAGGUGCUUGAAAUCAAGAACAACCACUUGAACUCCAUACCAGAAGGUGCACUGAUGGGCAUGGAGAAGCUACGAAAGCUGAUCUUGAGCAACAACCAGCUAAAAUUGAAUUCAGCCUACCAGGGAGCCUGGAUGGAGCUCAGUGCCCUGACAACGCUGGACCUGUCUGGUAACCAACUGUCACACAUCCCCUCUGACCUGCCUGAGUCUCUGGAGUACCUUUACCUGCAAAGUAACCACAUCUCCAGUGUUCCUGCUUCAGCAUUUGAAGGCACUCCAAAUAUCAAAGGCAUUUUCCUCCGGUUUAAUCGCCUGUCUGUGGACUCUGUGGACGAGAGCUCUUUAGCACACCUGUCCAACUUGCAGGUGCUGGACAUCGGCACAGGAAACACUGACCUUCCCUUUAAAAGAGAAGAGAUGGAGGAGGAAUAGGAAACAUAAGUCAUGCUUAAUUAAACUGACAAUGGACUGCAUUGUGUCAAGGAAAGAAAACGCUUAUAAAAAGGGAAUGAACCUGUGAAUGUAAUUUCCCAGGCCCAUUAAGGAAUUGUGCUGAGUGGCAGAGUUACAUAUUUCUGGUGCAGGAUACCAGAUGAUACUUUUGUUCCAUUUUGGGCCAUGGUUAGUAUAGCCUAUCUUUAUAUCUGAGCUUAAAAUAGUUCUUGUGAACUGUUUACACGCUUAAUGUCUUUUGUCUAAUUGUGUUUUUGUGCUUGACUUUUUUUUUUUAAAUACAUUAACAGAAUUACAGAAAAUUAAAAUUUUCCAUGUAAAUGUAAUGU